UUCUUGUUCUUGCUGCUGAUUGGACGUGAAAUGUUGAGAAAAAGGUUGCAUGACUGAAACAGAACCUUUAAAUACUCCUACUUUGUUUGCUAUUCAGACAUGGCCAGGCUAAUCACAAUCGCUAAUAAUGAACAGAAGCUCUUCUCAUUAAACCCUUUCGAUUGAUAGUAUCAAUGUCAAUGUCGAGAUAAUUGAACUGCAAACGAUACCUACCUUCGGGGCUGAACACAUCAAGAAGCAAUUAUUGUGUCGUCCGUCAGACCUCAGUUCGCGAGGAGGAAUAAAAUAGAUGCCUUCUGAGCGACUUCGUCUCAUUACUUCCUUCGGAACUCCUCGAGACAAACGCACGAUGGUACUGCCAAAAUUAAAGGAUGAAACAGCAGUGAUGCCGUUUCUGCUGCGAAUUCAAACCAUCGCCGGACUGUGGGGUGACCGUUCCCAGCGGUACCGUUUUUAUCUCAUCUUUUCCUACUUCUGCGCGAUGGUGGUUCUACCCAAAGUGCUGUUCGGUUAUCCAGAUCUCGAGGUUGCGGUACGCGGCACGGCCGAGCUGAUGUUCGAAUCGAACGCAUUCUUCGGCAUGCUAAUGUUUUCCUUUCAACGCGACAACUACGAGCGAUUGGUGCAUCAGCUGCAGGAUCUGGCAGCUCUAGUCCUCCAAGACCUACCCACAGAGCUGGGAGAGUACCUGAUCUCAGUGAACCGACGGGUCGAUCGGUUCUCCAAAAUUUACUGCUGCUGUCACUUUUCCAUGGCAACGUUCUUUUGGUUCAUGCCCGUCUGGACGACCUAUUCCGCCUACUUUGCUGUGCGCAACAGCACGGAACCGGUCGAGCACGUGUUGCACCUCGAGGAAGAGCUGUACUUCCUGAACAUUCGGACUUCGAUGGCGCACUAUACGUUUUAUGUGGCCAUUAUGUGGCCCACGAUCUAUACGCUCGGGUUUACCGGUGGCACAAAGCUGCUGACCAUUUUCAGCAAUGUUAAGUACUGUUCGGCCAUGCUGAAGCUCGUUGCACUCCGAAUCCACUGUCUAGCGAGAGUAGCGCAAGACCGAGCGGAAAAGGAGCUGAACGAGAUCAUUUCCAUGCAUCAGCGGGUACUCGAGUAAGUAAAUUCAAAUUGAAAGUUUUGCAGGGAAUAACUUGAGUGUGUCUGACCCGUACAUAUCCUAGCUGCGUGUUCCUGCUGGAGACAACAUUCCGCUGGGUGUUUUUCGUGCAGUUCAUUCAGUGUACAAUGAUCUGGUGCAGUCUCAUCCUCUACAUAGCGGUGACGGUAGUAGCAUUCCCUUCUUUUCGUUAAACUUAAUUAAAUCCAUUUUAGUGAACGUGAAUUUUCGCCCAGGGUUUCAGCUCGACGGUGGCGAAUGUCUGUGUCCAGAUCAUUUUGGUGACGGUGGAAACUUACGGCUACUGCUACUUCGGAACAGAUCUAACCACGGAGGUGCUUUGGAUACCCUAUGGAUGAAGCUUCAAAAAGUAAUUCCAAAUUCUGUUUUCGAUUUUUUUCUCCUUUUCCACUAGAGCUAUAGCGUUGCCCUCGCCAUUUACGAUAGCGAGUGGUACAAGUUUUCCAUUUCGAUG